AUGUUGAGGGACAGAUUUGUGUGUGGAAUUCGUGACAGAGGCGUGCAACAGCGGUUGUUAGUUGAGAAAAACCUCACUCUGGACAAAGCCGUAGAAGUUGCAAGAACGGCAGAGGCGGCAGAACUCAACGCAAGCGAGCUGCGCAAGGGCCACUCCGACAGACCCGCUUCUCCUGCUCAAGAAGGCUUGGCGAACCAUCUCAAGUUCAAGAAAAGGCAUGCGCACGCACCCAAGGGUCAUAAGGUGCAAGAAUUGAAUCCGAGAGACAAACCCAAGGCCGGACAUCACGAGAAGUUCAAGCCUUGUAUACGCUGUGGAUCCCGCGAUCACAGGCCUCCGGAGUGCAAACAUAUAAACACGAGGUGCUACAAGUGCGACAAAGUAGGUCACUUGGCCAGCUGCUGUUUGUCUAGUGAUGACAAGGGAAAGCAGCAGCGGGGUUCUCAAGUGAACACGGUGCAGUCUGCGGACAAGCCACCUGAGUACUGCCUGCAUUCUCUGCGGACGCAGUCAUCCUUGAAGCCCAUUACAAUGGCAUUCAUUGUCAACGGAGUGCCAUUGGAAAUGGAGUUAGACUCAGGUUCUCCAGUUUCCAUAAUCUCGAAGGACACCUACCUGCAGCACCAAGGAGCUUUGCCAGUGCUUUCGCAGACAGACGUCAAGCUCAACUGCAUACGUGGAACCAUACCGGUGCAGGGAACGUUGUCUGUUCAUGUACGUCUAGGCAAAACUGCAAGUCAGCAGGCACUGCUUGUGGUAGCUUGCAAGAGUCCCAGCUUAUGCGGUAGAGAUUGGCUUGCAACCUUCAAUCUUCUGCCACGCCAAGUAAACGCAACGCAGAUGGAUUGUGCCACAGUAGAGAUCGUACGUGCGAUGCUCUUGGAAUUUGAAGACAUUUUCAAACCGGGGUGUGGGACACUAAAAGGACCACCAGUGCAUGUCAAGGUUCGACCUGAUGCGGAACCACGGUACUACAGGCCUCGUUCAGUGCCAUAUGCACUCCGAGUCAAGGUUGAAGAACUUCAGCGACUGGAACAUGAAAACAUCAUCACGCCAGUGGACCAUUCCGAUUGGGCUUCACCAAUAGUGCCAGUUCUAAAAGCAGAUGGGCAAAGUGUCAGGAUCUGCGGCGACUAUAAGAUCGGAGUCAAUCCAGCAGUGGUGACAACACAGUACCCAUUACCUAAAGUGGAAGAUAUAUUUGCGUCAUUGCAAGGUGGGGUCAAGUUUUCCAAACUGGAUUUUCGAGAGGCUUACAACCAAGUCCCAGUGGAUGAAGAGACCAGCAAGCUACUGGUCAUCAACACGCACAGAGGUCUCUUUGCCUACAAUCGCCUGGCAUACGGCGUAUCCCCAGCCCCUGCCCUCUUCCAAAGAAGAAUGGAAGAAAUCCUUCGUGACAUUCCUGGCACGUCCGUAUACCUAGAUGAUGUCUUGGUGACUGGCAGAACGGAUGAUGAACACCUCCAGAAUCUGCGCAAAGUUCUACAGAGAAUCAAAGAGCCUGGGUUGAGAUUGAAACAGGAGAAGUGCGAAUUCUUCAAACCAUCUCUCGUUUACUUGGGCCAUGAAAUCAGUGCAACUGGUCUUCAGCCAUCAAAGAAAAAUGUUGAAGCCAUCAUGGAAGCACCCGAGCCAAAAGACGUCGGUGAGCUGAGAUCCUUCAUUGGACUCUUGUCAUACUAUGGAAAAUUCCUCCCGAACUUGUCUACACUACUAGCACCCUUGUAUGCUGUGCUCCACAAGAACAGCCCCUGGAGGUGGACAGAUGAAGAACAAACAGCCUUCAUCAAAAGCAAGAAAGUCAUCAUGGAAGCAAAGGUGUUGGCACACUACGACCCAUCUAAGGAAUCGGUGCUUGCAUGUGACGCUUCGCCAUAUGGAGUUGGUGCAGUGCUUUCACACCGUGAAAAUGGGGUGGAGAAGCCGCUGGCAUUUGCAUCUCGCACACUCACAGCAGCUGAGCGAAACUACUCGCAUCUGGAGAAGGAGGCCCUGGCCAUCAUCUUUGGUGUCACACGCUUCAGAGACUACUUGCUGUGUCGAAGCUUUGUCCUAAUCACUGAUCAUAAGCCAUUGGUUGGCAUAUUUCGUGAAGACAAAGCAAUUCCAGCGAUGACUGCUUCUCGCAUUCAGCGUUGGGCCAUCACACUGGGAGCCUACACUUAUACGAUUGAGCACCGACCAGGACGUCUCAAUGGGAAUGCUGAUGUCAUGAGUAGAUUACCACUGACAGAGCUUUAUGCAGAGCCACCUGAACCACCGGAGCUGGUCAAUGCAAUCUCAAAGCUGGAAAAGCUAGCAGUAUCGGUGAAGCAACUGCAGCAGUUCACUGACAGUGACCAGACUCUAAGCCAAGUGCUGCAGUGGGUCAGAGUUGGGUGGCCGCAGAGUCCCCCAGACAAAGCUUUCCAACCAUUCUGGCAAAGACGGGACGAGCUGAGCGUGCACAGCAAUCUGCUGUACUGGGGAAAUCGGGUUGUAGUGCCACAUCCUGCUCAGAAGCAUAUCUUGGAGCUGCUACAUGAGGCGCACCAGGGAAUGGUCAUCAUGAAAGGCAUGAGCACCCCGCCCAAAGGGAACAUCGCCCUCCGAGCUGAUGCUGGCAUACCCAAUGAAAGCAAAGAUGGAACUUUGCAUUCCCAGACGGGGGGCAGAGGUGAGGCCAAAACAGUCACAGAGUCCAAGGAGCAUGCUGAAAAGAAGAAAAAGGGACCAAGGUUCAAGAAAGGAGACAAGGUGGCAGUUCGAAAUUUCGGCAGAGGUCCCAAGUGGUGGUUAGGCGAAGUUGAAGAAAUAAAUGGAUCUUCUAUGGUAACUGUUUCAACUCCCCAAGGGAAGGUUCGUCGCCACAACGACCAAGUGAAAAUGCACUUGGACCCUCCAGCACCCAGUUCUGCGGAUACAACACCCACCGAGGAAAACUGUGUAGCCAGCACCUCGGGCAACAUAGAGGCCGCAACAGUGCCAUCAGCAAGACGUCCAACCCGAACUAUCCGCAAGCCCCUACGAUACCAAUAA